GCAGACUGGGUAUGGACGUAGUUUAAUAAUGAGAAAGAAGAAGAAAUUUGAGUGGUGCUGUUCACGAGCUGGUUGUACCUUCACCCUCGUCAACCUGUCUUCAGCUGCUUUACCUUGGUCGAGCUACUUAGACUGCACUGUAAAGCCUCUGUGUUCUCCACAUAACUCAUUCACACUUUAAAACUUUGCAUUGAGGAGAUAUUAACUAUUUUCAGAAUUAGUUCUGCAUUGGGAGUGGAUCUGCCUCUUUUAUCAUUGUUCAGAAGUACCGUAGUUAGUUACCAAUUCCAUUAACAGUGCGCAUGCAUGUGUGUAUAUAUAUAUUUAUAUAUAUGUAUAUGUACAUAUGUAUAUAUAUGUGGAUAUAUAUAAGGUGUUUGCAGUGUUCUCAGUGUAAUUUCUUGAGUGAAAAACUGAUAAUUAGUGGAAAAUGGAAAAAGGCAGAAAAGGAAAUUCAGAAACAAGCGAAAACACAGGAAGUUCAGCCUCACUUGGCAAGCACAAGUGGAAAAAGAAAAGAAACCAAGAGAUGCAGGGGGCACGUCCAAAGUCAAAAAGCCCGCAAGGGGGUAGUCAUCCAGAUGUGGAUGAUGCAUCAGCUCCAGAUCCAAUGUCUAAAGGUGAAGAAUUGGCAGUGGCAUUGAGGAGUGGAGUGAGAAGAGAGAAGUCCUUUGAGAAGGAAAGGUCACCUACUGGACGGCUCCAUUGCUCCUACUGCAAUGUGUACUUCAGUGGAAAGUUGGAACUCCAGACUCAUUGUCGUGGGCAGGACCACCAAACAACCAUCAUGUCUGAUGAAGGUCGGGACUGGAAGCAUCGUCCCCCACCACGUGGCCUUGGAGCAGAUGAGUAUGCCCUCUGUUCCACCUACAAGGACACACACAACUGCAGGUUGGGAGACCAGUGUGUGGGGGCCCACAGUGAUGCAGAACUGCUGGAGUGGCAGGAGCGGUUUGAAUACCGUGCCAUGAAACUGGAACGAGCGAGAGAGAAGCAGCUGCAUGGGGCAACCUAUGCAGACCAGCUCCUGGAGCGGCUAUCACAAGCCCAGCAUCAAGAUACCCUGAUCUCAGAGAAGGGAUUGCCUCUAGUGGAUCCAGUUGCUAUGUGUAGCUGGAUCCACAGAGACAUGGUUGGCUUCGAAAUACUUAAUCUUCUUGAUAUUGUAGCUCUGACAGUCCCUCAGAAAGUUUCACAGAUUGAAACCAUCCGAAUUCAAACGUCACUAUACAAGUAUAUAAUCAGUUGUAGGUAUAAACCGCAAGAGCAUGGAGGUUUUUCAAAUUUGCACCAGACAUGCUGUGCAAAUGGAGUGACCAAAUCUCCAGUUGUCUUCAAAACCAGUCAGCACAAUGGACCAUUACUAGACAAGCAGGCUGUUAUCUUCGACUUUGGCACAGAGCCAGUCUUAAUGCAACGGUUGUGUGUGGAUGUGAUCCCAGUAGAAGACCUAAGUACUCUGGAGGAGACAAAGAGGACAAUCUUAACUAGGAGUGAAAGGUGGUGUGAAGAAAAUGUGGAUAUUGUCUAUUUUGAGCCCAAACCACAUGAGUUGAGUGAUCAUGAUAAAAGCAUAUUGGCAAUGUAUCCCCCACCAACCAAUGAGAAUUUUGUGUUCACACAGUCCUCCAUGCAGAAGGUGCCCUCAAGGAACAACUACUGCAGUCGUCUCCAUGACCUCCUUCACAUUGAGGAGUUAGCCCAGUUUGAUCUGAUGGCAAGGUUCAACAUUAAGACAACCCUACAGAUUGUAAACACAUACAUGCUGUUACCUUCGACAGCAUCCACAGCCAAGUACUCGAGACCAGGUGAACUUUUUGCCAAGCUAGAACUCUCUUCAGAGAUCUCAGAAGACUCCCAUCAUGGAAGGCUUGUAUUAUCUAACUGCAACACCAUCCUUGUGGCUCCUAUUACCGAGGAUUCAGAGGUCAAGGAAACUUCUAAGCAGGAAUCAGCUUCUGUCUCACCAACUGCUAGAAGGAAAGAGGGUGAGAGUGAGGAAAAGGAAAUAAUAAAGCCCAAGAGAAGAAUCUAUGAGGUUUUGAUUGAGGACAAGACCAAGAAGGAGAUUUAUCUUAGGUUCUCUGAGGCUGCUGUCUCUGAAUUACACCUUGCACAUGAUGAGGAGGUCACAGUGGAAGUGCAGUUUCAGCUGAAUCGACUGCCACUCUGUGAGAUGCAUUCUGCUCUGGACCGCUUGCCAUCCCUAGAUAUCGUGUUCCCAGACAUGACCUUGGAGCCCACCAUCCCAUGGAGCCCCAUAAAUGUCUCUCUUUGCAGACAAUGGGGAGAAGGUCUGGACAUGAGAUUGAACCCCAAGCAGAAGGAGGCUCUAGUUGCCAUCACAGCCCCUCAUGGUCUUAUUCUGCCACCUAUUCUCAUAAUUGGCCCAUAUGGUACAGGGAAAACAUAUACUCUAGCUCAGGGUAUUAAGCAGAUUCUGCAGCAGCCUGAAACAAGAAUUCUCAUUUGCACACACUCCAACAGUGCUGCAGACCUGUACAUCAAGGAUUAUCUGCAUCCAUAUGUACAAUCAGGACAUGAGGAAGCAAAGCCACUCCGCAUAUACUACCGAAAUCGUUGGGUUACAACUGUACACUCUAGUGUGCAAAAGUACUGCUUGAUUGAAAUGGAUCAGGGUGUGCGGAAAUUUGUCAUGCCAACAGAAAAAGAGAUUUUAGCACACCGUGUGAUUGUGGCAACUCUCAACACCUCUAGAUACCUUGCUUCUCUCAAUCUGGAGAAAGGUGUGUUCACCCACAUUCUCAUAGACGAGGCAGCGCAAGCCAUGGAAUGUGAAGCCCUCACCCCAAUGGCUUUAGUGCGUCCAGACACCCGUAUCGUUUUGGCUGGGGAUUACAUGCAACUGAGCCCUGAGGUAUUCUCACCCUUUUGUGAAGAGCGAGGUCUUGGCAUGUCCCUGCUAGAGCGCUUGUAUGACCUCUACCCAGCUGACUCACCAUGCAAAAUCAUGCUGGUUGAAAACUACAGGUCUCAUUCAGCCAUUAUCAAGUAUACAUCCGACCUGUUUUAUGAGGGCCGUCUGGUAGCCAGUGGUAAACAGACAGCACAUCCCAAAUUCCAUCCGUUGACAUUCUUCACAGCGCGGGGCGAGGAUUUCCAGGAUCCAAAUUCCACUGCUUUUUACAAUAACUCUGAGGUAUAUGAAGUGUGUGAGCAAGUUGGAGAGAUCAUCAGCCAUUGGCCAAAAAAGGAGUGGGGACCACUAGGUGAAAAUUCCAUUGGUGUUGUCACCCCAUAUGCUGACCAAAUGGUGCGCAUUAGGGCUGAGCUGAGGAAGCGAAAACUAUACAAGAUUAAUGUGGAGAGAGUCCUCAAUGUACAAGGCAAGCAGUUCAGAGUCAUUGUGCUGUCCACUGUUCGGACACGCCACACGUGCAAGCCAGGAGCUGAAGGCUUAGACUUUGGCUUCCUCUCAAAUGCAAAACUCCUCACCACAGCCAUAACAAGAGCACAGAGUCUGGUUGCUGUUGUUGGAGAUCCUGUCUCUCUCUGCUCUGUGGGGAAGUGCAGGAAACUUUGGGAGAAAUUUUUGCAGCUGUGUUCUGAGGCUGGGUCUCUGUAUGGAAUAUCGUGGUCAACACUUCGCUCACAGCUUGAUGGGGUAGAACUCAAGAAAACAUAUGUUCUGAACCCAUUAGCACCAGAGUUUGUCCCACGCUGUAUAUAUUACUCUAUCCCGCCAGUGCCAAUGGUACAUACUAUGCCUCCUUAUGUAAACAUGUAUUCCCCUUACAACUCUUAUAUACCCACCUAUCACAUGCGCCCCAUGCUUGGGCCUCAAGCCCUACCCUAUCUCCCACAGCCUGGUAUGCCAUCCCAAUGGUCUCCUGUACAUUAUGGUGCUGGUGCAAAGACCCCAUUGGUGAGGCCAGCAGCAGCUAGGCUUGGACAGCCUCUUAUUGCAUCCCAUCCUUUACGAUCAGCUGUUGUCACAGCAACUCAUCCCCAUUACAUGGAUCCCCAUGGAUAUGAUUAUCAGUUACACAAUAACAUGAUUUCCAUGUACCCUUAUCAGACAGGAUCCUUUCCCCACCGGUUACCUGCCAUGCGGCACCCAGCAGAACUAGACCCCUUUACUUGUGGGGCCUUCCUACCACCCCCUUACCAGCACAUAAGACCUGUUCCACAGCGUGUGGUCCCUCCAAUUGGAUUCCGUGGCCCUUCUUUUGGACGAGCCAUGUCCCUUCCCCCACACCAGCUGGGCAGACUAACCCCACAUUCAGAAGGAGAGAAGUCCUACCAGUUUCUCAAUAAUGUACACUUCCCCGAGCGACAACUCUCCAAUCCUCCCUCUGUCAUUGCCAGGCCAGUACGUUCACGAGCAGACACCGAGUCACCUAUGUCAUCACAUUCCAGAGAGAGCUCACAUUCAAGUGCAAAUGAUAGUCGGCAUUCUUCACAGUCCCAGCCUCAACAACACUCACAGUCACAUGUUCAUCCUCAAGUUGAGGCACAAAAGAUACCGUUAUUAGGAGCUCAUUUACAGUACCAAUCCAAACCUCAGGCUCCUCCUAAUAUCCACAUUGAUCAACAAGGUCCUCCCAUGCAGCAGUUGAGACAGCAAACCAGCCAUCAUCAGAUGAUCCCUCAGCCACAUCCUCAUUCCAAUGGAAGUGUUCCUAUUGAAGAUGCUGCCUUGCCCACUCCAGAUGUUGUGCGCAGUAUUAAUGAACUCAUAAAUGACCAUUCACCAACCAAGACUGCAAGUCUCUGGGGUUCAGUUGAUGUGGAAUCUAAUAACAAGCUGGACCUUAUACAAAGUAGGUGUCGUUCACCAACAGGAGAAACAUGGUUAGGAGGAAAUAGCUCCAACAGUAUCAAAGCUGCAAAUCUGAACAUGUCUCACCCUAAUCCAAAUCCUUGGUCAGGAACUCCAACCAGUGUUGGAAAGAUUGUGACUGUUCAGGAACUUGAGGCCUCCCUGCACAUGAGAUUUCCCAGUGGAAACCUGUCAAGUUCAGGCCUUAAUAAAGCACCAGGGCCACUUCCCUUCAGCCCAAGGGAGCUUGAGAAAAAUGUUCAUAUUCGAGAGAAUGAGGAAGUAGGAGGUGGCUUUGGGAAAGGGGAUGUUCCACCGCCCCCAGGCUUUAGUAGUUUGAAUAGGAUGGUUGAUCCCUUAGUGCGGCUGGAUCUCAAUGAGGGGGACCCAGUGGGCUACCGUACCCCAAGUUUACCUCUGUACUUGAGAAGAGGGAGUCGUGAAUCAUCAUCCUGUUCUCCUGGUGGCACACGAAAUGCCCACCAGAGCUCAGUUAUGGGGAGUAUGCAUAGCAACAACCACAGCAGUUCUCUGUCAUCACUCUGGAACAUAGGGAGAGAAGAGUUGAAUCCUGUGUCCUCCCAAGGGGAAUUAGGGCUUCAGAACCUUUCAUUAUCUCUUGGCAUUUCACCCAUUGGGGCACUUAAUCCUUUUCAAAACAGCCAAGACAGCAAAACAUAUGCAGGAGUCGUCAGGUCGUCUCUCCAGUCUUCAGAUUCUGAGAAAGGUGAGGAGUGCGAGUAUGCACUCAAAGAUCUAGGUGAUAAGAGGCUGUAUACAUCAAAUAAUCAUCUAUAUCAGCAUUUCCAGUAAUAUUUUAAUCAUCUUAAAUAAUAGCGAACCUCACCAGUUCAACUCCAUUUUGAAAUAAAUUGCGUUUACAUCCAAAUCAUAAGACAGCAGAUGUUAGCAAGAGUAUGCCAUGAAAAUACAUACCAGGCAAGAACUCAGGAUGUGUAAAAUCAUUUAUAUAAGUUGGAUGAGGGCUCCAGGCAUUCAGGAUGGUUAUAUAUGAUAUUUUUGAAUGUAGACGCACAUAUAAUUGAUGGUAUGUAUGACCUAGUAUAUUUUUCAUUGUAUGGUUAAAUUGAAUUGGUGAGAUUCCACUUAUUUAUGUCUAAUUUACACUGUUAAAUUUUAUGCAGUGAUUGUCAUCAGUAUUUUUGGUCCCCCCCCCUAGUAGUAGACUUUUGUGCGAGUGCAUCUGCGUCGGUGUAUGUGUGUGUGUGUUUGUACCUGUGUCUGUACAUGUGUCUGUGUCUGUGCAAUUUUGCAAGCAUAUGGACACAUGUAUGUGGAUAUGGUAUGCUUUUGCAUUUGUAUGUAUGCAUUUGUGGAGCUUUAGAUGUAUACAUGUAUGUAAUAAUUAUACAUAUAUACAGACAGACGAAAAACAAAAACAAAAAAAAACAAAAAAAAAAAUGUGUAUUUAUACAUACAUUUAUACAAAAAUCUAGAUAGAUAUGUAUGCGUUUCCUUUUAUUAUUUAAUUCCAUUGUUUAGUAUUAUGAUUUGACUAUGUACUACGUUAAACAGCAUCCUUCAUAAAGAAAUUUACAUAAAAAAGAUAAAAAAAAAAAAAAAAAAAAAUCUAGAUUGUAGACAUUGACAUUUGUAUAUUUUUUCCUUUUGUGUAUAUAUAGCUUCUUUCACUCCCAUGGCAUUACAGAGCAAAAGUAGUUUAUGUUGUCUUUAUUCAACUAAGUGCAAUGUUGAAAGGCAUAUUUGUAUUCUUUGAUUGUAGGUGUUAGUACAGGUAGUAGUUACUAGGUCUAAGUUGUGCUGUGCAAGACCACUGAAGACAUGAAUAAUUUGCAACAGACCAAUAGGUCUGUUUUUGUACCUGGGUUUUUUGUACUGCCAUUCACUGCCCACCCCAUCCCACCCCACUUGCAAUUGAAAUGAAAUAAC